AUGCAUGUUUUGCUGACGCAGCCUGCCCUGCUCCUGUGCCACAGAAUCGGCUGCUUCGCUGGCGCCAUCUGCGUCUUCAUCGUGGGCGAACGGCUCGGUCGCCGCAAGUGUCUGUAUGUCGGCGCCGUCCUCAUGGCCAUUGGCGCCGUCCUGCAAGCCUCGUCGUUUGGCGUCGCCCAGAUCAUUGUGGGCCGCGUUGUCUGCGGCUGGGGCAACGGCUUCAACACGGCCACCACGCCGCUCUGGGUCAGCGAGCUGAGCCCGGCCAAGUCGCGGGGCCGUCUGGUGGCCGCCGAGGGCACCCUGAUUGCCUUUGGCAUUGUCAUUGCCUCCUACUUCAACAUCGGCAUGUACUACGCUAGCGGGCCCGUCGUGUGGCGCGCGCCCAUUGCCGCCCAGCUGCUGUUUAUCGUCGUCCAGGUCGCGCUGACCGCCGUCCUCCCCGAGUCGCCGCGCUGGCUCACAAAGCACGGCCGGCACCAGGAGGCCGUAGACAUUCUCGCUCAGCUGCACAGCCGCGACGCCGCCCUCGACGACCCUGCCGUCCUCCAGACAAAAGCGGCCAUUGACGCGGCCCUGGCCUUGGAGCAGGCCGGCGGGCCCUGGCGGCUGUCCGAAGCCUUCCAAAGCGGGCCCCUCAAGAUCCGCCGCCGCUACAUGCUUGCUUUUGGACUCCAAGCGGCGCAACAGCUGAGCGGUGUGAACAUCUUAAUUUAUUAUUUUCCGCACAUUCUAACGACCAAUCUCGGCAUGGCCACAGAGACGGCCCUGCAGCUGGCCGCCGGGCUGUCGGUGUCCUACUUUGUCUUUUCCCUCGUCCCGCUGUUCUGGCUCGACCGCAUGAGCCGCCGCAAGCCGCUGGUGGGCGGUGCCUUUGUGUGUGCCCUCUGCUUCCUCAUGGCCGCCAUACUCCAGUCGACCCCCACCGACGGCCGCGUCAAGGCAUCGCUGGCCUUCUUUUUUCUCUAUUUGGCCGUCUUUGGCAUGGGCUGGCUCGCCAUCCCCUGGUUGUACCCGGCCGAAAUUAUGCCCCUGCGGCACCGCACACACUCGGCCGCCAUUGCCACCGCCGCCGACUGGAUCUUCAACUACAUGAUUGUCCAGAUCACGCCCAUUAUGAUCUCCAACAUCUCCUGGCGCUCCUACAUCAUCUUCUUCGUCAUCAACCUCGCCAUUGCCGUCGCCGUCUUUCUUUUUUACCCAGAAACCUCGGGCCGGUCGCUUGAGGAAAUGGAUUCUCUCUUCUUGGGCGACGGAGACCACGUCUUCGUUGUCAACGCCAAAGGCCAGCUGCGUGCCGCCUUUCGUAGUCAGUACGCCAGGGACGAGGAGGCGUAA